AUGAGUGGAGCUUGGUCGGAAGGACUAAACAAGGCGGCUGUUUGUCCCGCCUGCACCCUUGCGGCUUUCCAUGGUAGUACAAUCUCCAGGGAAGUUGCUAUUGGAUUUCUUGGAGGCAGGUGCCAGGUCCACGUGUGUAGGGGUUUCCAAACACAAACACCGAGGGAUCCGAAGCUUUCUAGGAACAUCAGUCUACAGAAAAUGUCUGUUGAUAAUGGGCGUCUCUCUAACAUUGUAUUGUCUAUGCAGGAGUGUUCGAGGCAGUGGUGCUGCAUAGACGCAGCGAGACUGCAGCCCACUCUUCAAGCUGGACCUCACCUGCUAGACGUCCCGCAAUUCAAUUAA